AUGGCCCCCACCGGAAGCGCGAAAGUCAUUAUAAACGGGGGCGGAAUAGCAGGUCUAGUGCUCGCAAAUGCCUUAUCUCGUCAAGGAAUUGAUUUUAUCGUCCUAGAGGCUGGUGCAGAUAUCGCCCCAUGUGUUGGUGCCGGUAUCUGUAUUCUGCCUAGCGGUGCAAGAAUCCUAGAUCAGCUGGGCAUGUUUGAUGAUCUUCACGAUCUGGGUGGUGAAAUCCAAGCACAGCGCAUAUGGCGAGAGAAUGGCAGUCUUUUGGGACAUACAGACUCCUUGAAGCUUCUCCACAUUAGGCAAGGAUGUCCAAUGAUAUUCAUUGAGCGAAAGAUUCUGCUACAGGUCCUUUUUGAUCACUUGAAAGAAAAGGAUAGGAUAUUUCUUGGUAAACGAAUCGUGGGAGUCGACUCUUCCCAUUCUCGGGUGCAAGUCAGAUGCACCGAUGGCUCUUCAUACACCGGUUCCAUUGCUGUUGGAGCAGAUGGGAUCCAUAGCACGACUCGGAGAGAGAUGUGGAGACAUCUUGAAAAGGAUCACGUGGUGGGAACAAGCAGCGUGCAGAACGAGGAGAAGACAUUAUCUGCACAGUAUUCUGCAGUUUUUGGCAUCGCUACGCCUACGCCUAACAUGGUCGAGGGACACGUUAACAGGACCUUCGCAAAUGGAUACUCGUUCUUCAACGGCGUUGGGAAGGAUGAACGCAUCUUUUGGUUCGUCUUUCAUGAUAUGGGAAGGAAAUAUCAAGGUUUGAAUAUACCACGCAUGAAUCAAUCCGAAAUCGAUCAACAUGUCAAGCCACUGCUAGAUAACUAUGUUGCUGGUGGAGUUCGGUUCCGAGAUAUCUAUAGGAACACAGUCAGGUGCGCGCAUGUCCCUAUGGAAGAAGGAGUUUUCGACCGGUGGGUGUAUCAAAGGUUUGCAUGUAUUGGAGAUUCAGUUCAUAAAACGACCCCUAACCUUGGGCAAGGAGGGAAUGGCGCAAUCGAGAGUGCUGCGUCCCUUGCCAACAAGCUUGGAUCAAUAUUCUCGACAAAGGAAGUCUCGGAUCUCCCGCUGGCUAUCAUCGAAGAUCAUCUUGGCACAUGGGCCAAGUCCCGAAUGCAACGUAUGAAGCUCCUAUGUGAAUUUGGCAAUGGGUUUACUCGACUAGAAGCCGGCAAGACCUUCGUCCAUAGGCUUCUUGGUCGUCUGACUGCCGCCUAUAAAGGCGAUACACUAGCGGACUUACUGUGUGAAACCACAGUUGGUGCAGAGACUUUAUCAUUCCUGCCCUUGCCCACAAAGUCUUUAACUGGCACUAUGCCUUUCGAUAAACGACGAGGUAUGGGAGCAUCGAAAGGCAAGUACGGUCCUCUCAUGUAUUGCUCUGCUUUGCUCCUAUGCAUAUUAGCUAUACACUUUACUAUGAAGCCAGGAAGCAUCAGUCCAAUGGGGAAUCGCGAGAACAACACGCAUACUGGCAGUGACCUGGAGGUGAAGACAUGGAAUUUCGAAUCAAAUUCAUCUGAAACUUUGAAUCAUCACACUGGCUCCUUAGGUCUCUGGCAGAGUCUUCAGCUUUCUGACCCAACUAUGGCCAUCUUUUUUUUCAUGGACUUGGCUAUAUUCGAGGUUAUAUGGACCAUCGAAAGCAUCCGAAGCGGUAAUGCUAUGACCUUAUUAAACUGGUGA